AGACAUUUACAGGUCGGAUGACCAUUGAACCGCUAACACCCUCAUAUCAAAACACUUCCUUCUCUGAAUAUAAGGUAACAUCUCUGCUGCUCAGUGCUAAUUACAAAGAUAAGCUUAUCAUCACACAGGACAGAAAGUGUUGUGGACGCCAAGGUUGUAAGUCGGCGAAGGACCUUAGGGAAAAUUUAUUGUAUUAUCUGCAAACAACUUGUAUUUUAAGGAUGGCAACAAAAUGGGGAAUUGUAAGUGCUGGUAAAAUCAGUCAUGACUUUGUUGUUGCUUUAAGCACACUCUCCCAGGAAGAACACAAAGUUGUGGCUGUGGCUGCCAGAGAUCUUGAAAGAGCACAGGCCUUUGCAGACCUUCAUAAAAUUCCUUCUGUAUAUGGUUCAUAUGAAGAACUUGCAAAAGAUCCUAAUGUUGAUGUUGUAUACAUUGGAGCUGUCCAUCCACAGCAUCUUCCUAUUGGAAAGAUGAUGUUGAAUAAUGGGAAGCCUAUACUCUGUGAAAAGCCAUUGACUAUGAAUUUGAAAGAAACAACUGAACUGAUUUCAUUAGCGAGGGAGAAAGGAUUGUUUUUGAUGGAAGCAAUUUGGUCUCGUUGUUUUCCUGCAUAUGACAUGCUGAGAAGGGAAAUGGAAGCAGGGAAUCUGGGUGAAAUCGUCCAGGUUAUUGUUAAUUUUGGCUUUCCAAUAGAAAGUGUGGACCGCAUGAGGUUGAAGGAGCUUGGUGGUGGAACUAUACUUGAUCUAGGAGUUUACUGCCUGCAGCUAGCUGUGCUCGUAUUUGGUCCUGUGAAUCCGACACACAUUGUUGCUUUGGGACAUUUAAAUGAGUUUGGAUGUGAUGAGAGCAUGGCAUGUGUUUUAAAGUAUGAAGGUGGUAAAACAGCAGUUCUGAGCACAAAUGCUCGUGCACUUCUUCCAAAUGAAGCAUAUAUAAUUGGGACUAAAGGAAGUAUAAAAAUACCAAACUUUUGGUGCCCUACGAGUUUGGCAACACCAGAGAAGACAUGUGAUUUCAUACUACCAACAGCAUCAAAGUCAUUUAAUUUUGUAAAUAGUGCAGGUCUACGCUAUGAAGCUAUGGAAGUUCGCCGUUGCUUGAGGGAAGGAUUGCUAGAAAGCCCCAAAAUAACCCAUGCUGAAAGUAAACUGAUUGCUGAAUUGGAAGACAAAUUGAGAAAAGAAAUUGGAGUUACAUAUGUACAAGAUGAGUAGUUGAAGCUUGGUAUUCAUUUGCACACUAUGUUAGCAAAAAGGUGUUAUUUUCAUAAUUACGUGCAUUUUCAGGGAAAACUGGGAGUAAAAUGUACAUAUGUGAGUCUGUGGAUGUUGUGAUAAUGCUUGACAGACUUUCUUGAAUUUUAUUUUUGUGCUUAGCAAUAUUCAUAAAAUAUUGUAGCGCUCAGCUGUGUUUUACUCAACCGCCUGUCAGCAUCUUAAAUUCUCAUGGGUUUUAUGUGUAAUAUAUUGGUUAUGUUAUGACUGUAACAAGUAGAGUACUGAUGAGAGGACGUACAGCAUAAAGUCAAAAAUGAAAAAUACAAAUAUGAAAAUAGUAGUGACUAGUUUGCUGUAAAUUAUCUCAUAAGUAACAUUAAAUUCUAGUUUAGUGGAUCUCUAUGAAAAUUUGUAACUCUUUUUUUUUUUUU